GCACAGGCAAUCCGUCAGUCACAAAUAUCCACUUCUACGAAUUACACAUACUGCCGAUAAGACGUUGAGAAAUAACACAACACAAUGAACCACGAAACUUUUACGUCACAAACCUCGCCUGAGGAAGGGGGUCCUCCACUACCGCCAUCACCUGAAAACGUUGAGGAAGACAGGGAAAUAGUCGAACAGGCUCAAGAGUUACCCAAGCUCCGCAGGAGUCAGAGGAUUCUAAAUCGGGAAAAUAAACUUAAGGAGCUAGAAGCCCAGUCUUCGAGCACCGUGAGUGCGGCAACAAGCAAAAGGGGAAAGCUCCACAGACCGAGAAGGACUCUAUACGCAGAACAUACGGUCAACUGCCGCAAGUGCGGAACUGCCACGAUCUUUUUCCCGGCUCGCACCAAGUUCUUCUCCUGUGCCGAGAUAGAUGGUCGAUUGUUUAAGGUGAAACGGAUCGCGGCCAAGAAGGUGCUGGGUGGUGCCUAUCGCAAAGAGCCAAAGAAGCGUCCUGCUUCUAGCAAAUUUGAGCGUUAAUGAAUUGAAUUGCAAUCUUUUCGUUUGUUUCUUCCGAAUUUUUAAUAAGUAUUUAAUUGUUUUCUAAAUUAUUCGUACCAGAGCUUGUUAUAUAAACAAUAUUUUAAACAAGCUGAAUUGCUUGGCAGCGAAA